CCAUGUUGAAUUGCCGAGAUUGUGAAAGAAGAGACAAAAGAGUGACAACUCGGUGGAUUUCUCGAAAUAGCGAGUAUUUACCAAACUUAAUUAAACUGUCGAUAUAACUUUAAGCAACCAUACAACGGUCAAGACUUUGAGUGGAUGUAGCAUCUUCCUCCGACUGGGUAACCUGGAUAUUUUGUUGAUAGGCAAUUCCCGAAGCACUUUGCAGACUGCCAUCUCAACUUUUGCUGCAGAAGUAAAGGAAACUGGAUCAAGAUAACCAGACAUUUAAAGUGCACUGCCCAUGUUAAAGAAAAAAUUGCUGGAGUGACUUUUUUGAGCCAUUAUUAAGCCCCAGCAAAUCUGUUUAAUGACUUGUGUCAAAGAAACAAAUCAUAAGAGUAGUCUGAGACGUGACCAAGCAGAUCAUAUUUUGCUACUUGCCAUUUUGAAUGUAUAAACAUAGCACUUGGACUUAAAAAGCCAAGAUACUUGAAGAACACAAAGAUAAUUCUGGAUCAUUACAGCAAGGACAAGAGUACUUUGACACACAUUUUUGAAAGAAAAACAAUAGGUGGUUUGUUUUGGUCACAUUUGAUUUAUUUAUUCAUAUGAAUGUUAUUUCUCCCUUUUUUGGAGAGUUGUCUUGUAAAUAGACAGAAUUCAUACACAGACCUCUUAUUUUCAAGAGGUCUGAAUGUCAGAUUGUGCACACAAUACAUUCUUUAAAAAGGAAAGAUUCGAGGAAAAAAAUAUUUUUUCAGCUUUUAGUGUUUUGUUUUGUUUUUUAUAAUUUUUUUUUUACACGGGUGCAUUAAGCAAAACAGAUCAGUGAAAAAGAGGCAAAUAUAAAUAUAACAGUCUGAGAAAAAUUGCCACUUAAGGUAUUGAACUCAUGGCUACAACAAGAACGGCAAACCCAGCAACAAUGAUUGGAUUGAACAAACCAGCAAAUGGGCAGCUCAGAGGACAGACCAAGCCAGUUGGACAACAGUCGGUACUCCCUGCAACUGCCCAACAGCCCGGUGCCCCCCAGAAAUGGACCAGUAUUCCUCAGAGCAGUGGGGGCAUCAAGUUUGGUGAUGACUGGAAGAAGUGCCUGGAGCUUCCGCCAAAAGAUAACAGGAUGAAAACUUCGGAUGUCACAUCAACUAAGGGAAAUGAAUUUGAAGACUACUGCCUAAAGCGGGAACUUCUAAUGGGAAUCUUUGAAAUGGGAUGGGAGAAACCCUCCCCUAUCCAGGAGGAAAGCAUCCCCAUCGCUCUGUCAGGCAGAGAUAUUUUGGCUCGGGCCAAGAAUGGCACAGGAAAAAGUGGAGCCUACCUCAUCCCUCUUCUGGAGAGGAUAGACCUGAAGAAGGAUCACAUCCAGGCCAUAGUAAUGGUGCCAACAAGAGAGUUGGCCCUGCAAAUGAGCCAGAUCAGCAUUCAGCUCAGCAAGCACCUAGGAGGGAUCAAGAUCAUGGCUACCACAGGUGGCACCAACUUGAGGGAUGACAUCAUGCGUCUUGAUGAGACAGUACAUGUAGUGAUUGCUACACCAGGCAGGAUACUAGACCUGAUGAAGAAGGGUGUGGCAAAAAUGGAUAAAGCCCAAACGAUGGUGAUGGAUGAGGCAGAUAAACUGCUGUCCCAGGACUUUGUGGUCCUGAUUGAAGAAAUUAUCAGUUUCUUACCGAAGGAUCGUCAGAUCCUGCUUUACUCUGCCACUUUCCCCAUCAGUGUGCAAACAUUCAUGAGCAAGCACCUGCAGAAGCCUUAUGAGAUCAACCUGAUGGAGGAAUUGACAUUGAAGGGCAUUACUCAGUACUAUGCCUACGUGACUGAAAGACAGAAGGUCCACUGUCUGAACACACUCUUUUCUAGGCUGCAGAUCAAUCAGUCUAUUAUCUUCUGUAACUCCACCCAGAGGGUUGAGCUUCUGGCCAAGAAAAUCACCCAGCUGGGCUAUUCGUGCUUCUACAUUCAUGCAAAGAUGAUGCAGGAAUACAGGAACCGUGUGUUCCAUGACUUCAGGAAUGGAUUGUGCAGAAACCUGGUCUGCACAGACCUAUUCACCCGGGGCAUUGACAUCCAGGCAGUAAAUGUGGUCAUCAAUUUUGACUUCCCCAAAAGUGCAGAGACCUAUCUGCACCGCAUUGGCAGAUCAGGGCGUUUUGGUCACCUGGGUCUGGCCAUCAAUCUGAUAACUUCAGAUGACCGCUACAACCUGAAGAAUAUUGAGGAUCAACUGGUUACUGACAUUAAGCCCAUCCCCAGCAGCAUUGACAAGAGCCUGUAUGUGGCAGAGUUUCACUCAGUUGACCCAGAUGAUGAUGAUGGCGGCAACAACAGAAACGAGGAACUGGGAGCAGCCUAAAUGGUGAAACAUGAUGGCUGGCAUUCAACACACAAUAUUGGCGACACAUCACACAAGAUUCCAAGUGAAGAUUUCUAUUCCCCACUUUGCCACCAAAAUGGUCUAUUUUAGAUUUAUUUUCAUUUCCAUUUUGAGUUUACAGCAAUCCCCAGGUCGGUCUAUUCAUAUACUAGUAAAGUGUUAUCUCCCCCACUGAAAACUGCCACUUUAAUCAGUUUAACUUUCUGCCACACUGCCAGAGAUGGUCACCGUACAUGUGAUUUGGGCUGUUGGUUAAGUUUGCCGUUGAACUCAGCCACUCUCGACAAUAGAUGGAAGUUGUUGUGUUAAAGGUUUUUUUUUUCUUUUCUACUUUACUGUAAGAAUGAAAAUGUGAAACCAAAGAUAGACUUGGAGGAUAAAUCCCAGCUCACAUAUUUGCUGUGUAGAUGAACUACAUAUGCAAAUGUUUACAUCCUGCUGACAUGUCUUUUGAGCAGAUGAUUUAAAGGAAACUUGCCCUGUUUUCUUUAAAAGAGAAAAAAAAUCUACACUCAGGUAGAUAAACCUUUUUUUGUACUGGAUUGGACCUCUCUCCCACCUUUUCCCCAGAACUGGAGGUGCCGGAAACAUACCUUAGAGCCUGGUUCAUGUUGCCAUGAUAGCUUUAUGCAGUUGCUGCAGAUUUGUCAAAUGGAUUUUGUAUUUAACCUCAUCUCAAAGGUGCUCUGUUGGAUUCAAAUCUGGUGACUGUGGAGAACACUGGAGGAGAGUCAUUCUCAUGUUUGAGAUGACGUGUAUUCUGUGAUGUGGCAUGGUAUCCUGCAAAGAAAUAGCCAUUAGAAGAUGGGUAGACUGUGGCUGCACAUAGUCAGCAACAAUACUCAAGAAGGCUUUAGCAUUUAAGCGAUGCUCAGAUAGUAUCAAGUGUGCCAAAAAGGUAUUCACAUCAUUACACUGCCACCACCACCCGUUCCAAAUGUUGGUGGAUUCAUGUUGUUUACACCCAAUUCUGACACCACCUAUUCUAAUCAUCUGCUGUGCAGUUUUGGUGAGCCUGUCUCCUCUCGCCUCAGUUUUCUUUACAUACCUCUGCUGUAAACACGUGGUUAUGUGCUAGUGUCACCUUCCUGUCAGCUUGAACCAGGCUGGCCAUUCUCCUUAGCUCUCUCACUAACAAGGCCCUCACAACUGCCACUCAUGGACUUGUGUGUGAAAUCCCAGGAGACUAGCACCACCAAUCAUUCCACAGUGAAAAUCAAUCGGAUCACAUUUCUUCCCCAUUCUGACGUUUGGUCUGAACCGUUCACAUUACCGAGUAGGUAUACCUAAUAAUAUGCCCACUAAGUGUAGUUAUUUUUGUAGCUUUGGCCAUAAUUCCUGUUAGUAUAUAAAAAAACAUUUUGUCUACCAAUUUUAUUGCCAAGAUUUGGAGAUGCAAUUGUAAAAUAAGGUGGAUUUUACACACAUCCAUAGUUUAACCAAAUUAACAUCUUUCAAAAGGGAACCAAAGUUCGAAGAGUAGACAAAGAAUUGCAUAAGUACGAAUAUAGACGACUUCAGAAACCAACAUGACCACAAUGUUUAAAAAGAGGGCUGCUGUGGUGCUCCAGCACAGAGCACCUGAAACAGUGUUGCUGAUAAUGAACUUGCUAUUUUUUUUUUUUUAAAUUAGUUUAAGUGUUUUCUGCAGAAAUAAGAUAUUUAAAGAUAACAGUGUAAUGUCAGUGACACUGGAGAGCAUUUUGUCAAAACACAGAUCCAAUGACAACACGUCAGUAUUGUGAAAUUUCUUUCAUCCCUUUAAAGCCAUCGCACCAGGCAGCAUUUUCUCAGGUCUUGAGGUUAUCAGUAAUUAACAUGACAGGAUGAGACGGGCCUUAGUUAACAUUAUGUUGAAACCAGCCAACUUGUUCUGUCAUCUUAAUGUAGUUUCUGUGUCUCAUCUUCCCUCUAAAGUGCCUUAGUCUAACAUCAAACCUCAAACCUACUUUGCCCAGGCCCUUGUCACAACUUUUGUAUUGUAAGUAAAAUGGCACACAAUCAUUAGUUAAUCCGUUUUGAAAGCACAGUUAGUCUGAAAGGAUUUGCACUUUUUCCUUAUUUGUAACAUGCAUUUGUCUUUUUAUAACAAAUUUGUAAAUAUGACCAGCUAGAACUGCUCUUGUUGUGUGAAUGUAUUACAGCCUUGGACUUCUUGACUUCAGCACAAUGUCACAAAAGAUGUGUAUCUCAAAUUUAAAACCUUGACACUGUGAAAUUUCCAGUCUACUUUUUAUUUUUAUUUUUUAUUGUUUCUGUGGCUGAUCAAUACAUUACUGCAAAGCACCAGUAGGGCAGGGACCAUUAUCUGUGUGCCAUCUUCUAAAGUUCUUCAUGCCUGACUCUGGGUGCCCUUUUAUUAUGAUAGAUUUUGGUCCCCCAAUUAUUUAGCCUCAGUGCAGGCAACACUUGAAUCAAUACAUGCCAUGUGAUAGAAACAAAAUAAGGACAUUUUCUGAGUGGGUUUGUAACCUGAGAUCAUUUUGUUCUGUCAUAGCAUUAUGGAGAAAGAAAUACCUUCAUGACUUGAUGACCAGAUUCUUUAAGCAGAAAGACAGACAGGCAAGAAUUUUCUGUUAAGUGUGUCAAUGCAAGCCUCCCAAACGAAUUAAAGUCCAACUGCCUAACUCUA